AUGACUGGCAGAGACGCAGGACAGGCUGAUCCAACACAACAGGCAAGCGCCUUGCGGAUGCAGAUGGGCCAAGCCAGAGCUCCUUUACUGAAAUACCUUGACCUAAUAUUGCCAAGAACAAAACGCUGCCAUAGAUGUGCCAAGAACAAAGACAGUUUACUGGCUGGUUUUUUUUCCGUUUCAGAGACGUGUCUUCUUCCUGUCACAGAGAUGCGUCAGGCUGCUGCCUACCGACCCCCAAAGCUGCCCGGAGCUCCUAGUCCCGACUCUGCAGCCCGCAGCGUCCGUGUGGAGCCGGGCGCUGCCUGCCCGGUGUUUGGGGCUGGUUUGCCUUUGGCAAGCGUGCCUCCUGCCUCUCAUCCCUGCCAGCGAGACGCUGGCGUCAGCUUCGUCAGCAGCGCUUGGAGUGGUCGCCUUGCCUGCUCCUGUCGCUUGGGAUACUCUGCAGUUGCUCUUAAUCAUGUCAUCGAUUUUAAAGAAAAGAAACAGGAAAUUGUCAAGCCAGUAUCUCCUUCAGAGUUGUUUCCAUCUUUGCCUAUUGUACAAGGGACCUCUAAAAGAAUUAAAGUUUUAACCCGGCUAACGCUUGUUGUUUCUGAUCCUUCCCACUGUAAUCUCUUGAGAUCAACAUCUGCAAAUAUAAGGUUAUAUGACAUCAUAGCAGUAUUUCCGAAGACUGAGAAACUGUUCCAUAUCGCUUGCACAACUCUAGAUGUGGAUCUGGUAUGCAUAAAUGUAACAGAAAAGCUGCCAUUCUACUUCCGAAGGCCCCCUGUGAAUAUGGCAAUAGAUCGAGGCAUUUACUUUGAACUUCUUUACACGCCUGCCAUCAAAGACUCCACAAUGAGAAGAUACACAAUUUCAAAUGCGAUCAGCCUGAUGCAGAUCUGCAAAGGAAAGAACAUUGUUAUAUCUAGUGCAGCUGAAAGGCCUCUAGAACUACGAGGUCCUUAUGACGUGGCUAAUCUAGGUUUGCUGUUUGGCCUGUCAGAAAGCGAAGCCAAGGCAGCCGUGUCUACCAACUGCAGAGCCACCAUGCUUCAUGGAGAAACUCGGAAGAGUGCCUGUGGGGUAGUGUACACGCUGAAGAAGCCUCGCAAGGUUGAGGAGGAAGAAACAACGCUGCCAGCCUGCAAAAAGCUAAGACUCAAGCUUGAGGACUGAACCAAAUGUCAGCAGGAGCCUCCAGCCCAGCUCUACCAAGUGCUGAGUCUUCCCCCACCCUCCAGCCAGUCCAGUUCCUCCCUUACUACUGUAUUUAGCCUGGAGAAGAAUUAUUAUUCUGGUGUUCAAGUGAGAAAAGCUGUGGGAAUGAGUCUGCUGAGUGGCAGUUCACCACAUGUGAAAGGUCAUUCUGGGCUUGUGGCCAAGAUCAGGAGACCAUCUCCCCACCCUGUCUUAGGUCUUCUGGAGUUAGUGCAAACUCAACAUUUCUGACGUACAGAAAUUUUCAGUUGUACAAGUGCAUUC